AGCAAAAUUGUCUUUGCUUGACGAGUUGUUAUUGUCUCUAAAAUUUGUUGAUUUUGCUUCAAAUAUGUACAUGAAAAAAAUAACUGACGAACUUGCGUCUACCUGCGACUGUUAUAAUCCAGGCACGAUGGGAAAGAAAUCAUGAGAACUUCACGGACAUAAUUAUAAGGUGACAAUUCCGAAGAGGCCUGUUUCACUCGAGUAUGGGAAGACGAAGACAUGUGGGCUGCCGCACUUCUUCGCUUCAUUCGCAAGAGGAUCGUUCUGGGAAUCAUAUUUUUGUUUUCCCUUACGUAUUGUAUAGUUAGUUUUAUGAAAGAGGGAAGCUCCACGACUUCUUAUGAAAUUGAUACUUUACCAGUUCGACCACUUGAUAGAUCUUUCUUAUGGCACUCGCCUAAGGAUGACUUAAACGCUACAGAUAUGAAGGUUUCAGCAUGUCGUAAUUCAGUUCAAGGGAAGGUGCUUAUUGUUGAUGACCGAGGCUAUGUUUGCUCAAGAGGUAACGUGUUACCAAAUGGGUGCUGCAAUAUUGAUGCAGAAAACACGAAGAGAUACUCUUGUGAAACUUGCAAGGAAUCUGGCUGCUGUAGUAUCUAUGAAUAUUGCAUAUCUUGUUGCUUGCACCCAGACAAAAAACAAGUUCUUGAAAAUGUACUUGGGAAAGCAUCAGAAACCUUGAACGUUCUUUUUGCAUCAGUAACUGACCAUUUUGAACUUUGUCUGGCAAAGUGUCGAACAAGUUCACAAAGUGUCCAGCAUGAAAAUACAUACCGUGAUCCCAAAGCAAAGCAUUGCUAUGGAGAGAUACCUAUAGCUGGCUCUUAAGGACAAAAUGGGAAGUCAUCUUCAUUGGCUUUGUGGAAAAGAUGUGAGUAAGUUUGUUUCUUUUUUCUCUAUUUUUGUUGUUUUGUUUCUAGUAUUUUAUGAAAAUUGUAUGCCAAUGAGAAUGUGGGGCUCUUGGCUUAAGAAACUAGUUUGAACCAAAGUGAAAUUGUUGUAGAUCUUAAGCAUCUUGAGAAUAUUGUUGCAGUAUAUGUAUGUGUUGAGGCAUCAAAAUGUAAGGAUGAGGAUCAAAGAACUGAGAUAAUAUUUUAUAUGUACUGUAUUUCAUCAAAUUGUGUAAACGCUCUAUGAAAUAUGUAGCUUGUUUUCAGAAAUACUUAAAAAAUUUUCAUUUUCUUCAUAUUUUUUAUUGUGGCUGAAUCUGUUAUAUUUUUACUUUGUUAAGAUGCUAGGGCUGGGAGUUACAGCAUCUACAGAUUUCAUAUUUAGAAACCAAUGUGACCUCAGUUCUGCCAUUGCUACAACCUACCAGUGAGUCAGCAGGGUGGUUAUGUGGCAGAUAUUGAGUGAGUGUUUUAUACGUUUUAAAUGUUUCAUGGGGUAGAGGUCAAGAUCAUAAGUGCCAAAAUUAGAUCAAAGAUCAAUUUAAUGUAAUCAACUUAAAGAUGAUCAGUUGAUCUUGUCUUGACGCCCAGGAUUUUGGCAUCUUCUCACUAUGUUCUACGUUUGAAAUGGAGAAAGGAACACGGAUGUGUAUCAUGUAAUCUGAUAAUGUGAUAUGAACUUUAUGUUCUCUUCCUUUCUUUGAAAAACCCUAAAUCUUCUCAAAAGAUUUUGUAUUUGUUUAUCAAAGUCCAACAUUAAAUUAGGGCAAACCCCUUUGAACAUAAGUUAGUGGUCCUAAACCAAGGCGAACCAAGUAUAUUGGUAUGAUGAUAUAUGUGAUAGUAAUUUUUUAAAAAGAUAUUGGGUUGUAAUGCGCUGCUAGCAAGUUUUUUAAAAUAUUGAACUGGUGAAAAAAUACAUGUGAAUCAACUUUUAGGAAA